UACUGAUUACCCAAAUGAAUCAUUCAAAUAAUAAAUAAAAAUUAAGCAUACAUUUCGUUUUACUUUUAUUUAUAUCAAGAAACUAAUUACGGUUUAAAAGAAUUAUAACUAAUGUCAGCAAGAAAAAUCUGAAGUUAUAUUCAAUUGUGAAACGAAUUAAGUAAAAAAACAUAAUGAAUUUCUUUAAGAAACCACCAACAAUAAAAGAACAACAGAGGGAAAAUGAUCGUGAACUUAGGAAGGCAAGCAGAGAUCUGGAAAGAGAUAAAGUUGCUCUUGAACGGGAAGAAAAAAAAUUGGAAAUGGAUAUAAAGAAAAUGGCUAAGGAAGGUAAUAACGCUGGUUGUAAAAUUUUAGCAAAACAACUAGUGCAAUUGAGAAAUCAAAAGACUAGGAUAUAUUCAGCUAAUAGCAAGAUAUCCACUGUUCAAAUCCACAAUAAAGCUAUGGGUGCUAAUAUUGCAAUUGCUGGUGCUAUGGGAACAACAGCUAAAACUAUGGGAAGUAUGAAUAAGAUAAUGAAUCCACAACAAAUUGCCAAAAAUAUGGAGGCUUUCAAGCAUGCCAAUGCUAAAAUGGAUAUGACCGAUGAGAUGAUAUCAGAAACAAUGGAUGAUAUAAUGAAUGAAUCAGGCGAUGAGGAAGAAACCGCAGGAAUUAUCAACCAAGUUCUUGAUGAGAUUGGUAUUGAAGUCAGUGGCAAGAUGGCGAAUGCACCAUCUGUAUCUAGAAAUAAAGUUGGCGAAUCAACAACAGAUGCGGACAAGGAAAUUAUGGCGCAGCUCGCGAAAUUGAAAUCAAGUUAAACUAUUGUACCAAAUAUAUUUAUUCUAAAUGUUUAUAAAGCUAUACUUAGAGUCGGUCAUUAAAGUAAACUAAAUGUAUAUAAUGAGAUUUACCUGAUUUAUGUAAGAUCAUAACUUGAAAACUUUACUUAAUGGCUAAGAGUUAAGUAUGGUUAUGAUUUUAUUAGAAUUUGAUCUAAGACGAAAAGAACACAAAAGGCAACGAUCCUUAAAAUCCAUCCGUCCAUUUUUUUAAUAUCUGACAGAAAAAAAAUGUUACUUAUUUCACCAAUUUUAAAUAUGUUAUAAUUCAAAUGUAAUAUAAAAUUAAUGAAACAUUUUAUAUGGAAAAAUUUAAAGCGUUUCAUGGACUUAUUUGGAACUAAAUGCGUGCAUUACAAAAAUAUUUAAUGUUGUAAACGUUAAUUGUUUGAAAAGAUCAUAUGUUUGAACCGUAAAUCGUUUUGACGUAACUAAAUCGGAAAAUUUGUGCUGAGGCCUCUACCAUGGAGACAUUUGUCCUCAUAGAACCCAGAAUAGGGUGAAAUCAGGUUUAUUCUUUUUUUUAUAGCCUGAAAAAUGUUGGCCAAAAAUCUUGCUGGCUAGAGAAUUGUUGGCCUAUUGGGUUCAUCGUGCGACUCUCAUCCCUGAGGUCGUAGAUCGUCGAGCCGACUGUGCACCAAUAGACUUUCUUUCUAUGUGCGCAUAACAUUCGCUCAAACGGUGAAGGAGAACAUC